CAACUGCCGUUGCUUAUGAUUUAAUGCAGUUUUUGGCCCUCGCUUUUGGAAACGAACUUUGCGAACAGCUGGAUUUCGGAAUUCAUCAGCCCAUUUAACCAGACGUCAUGGCGCGCCUUUGUGGCUUUGCUUUUCAGCCAGACUCUGGCUUUUUGUUUUUAGCGUCAUUCGAUUCGAGUCACACCUCCUCUUUUCCGCUGACUUAAUAAAGCGAUGAUUUUAGCGAACAACCAGGAACAAAAGUCAUCUGCCGUCGAUUCAUAUUAAUUCUGAACCAUAUUUAAGUAUUAAGUACAUGGUUUAAUACUUAAAUUCUUAAACCUAAGCUAUGCCCUAAAAGUCAUCUUUUGAGUAUUUUCCAAAACACUUCUUUGGUGGCUGCUAAAAAAUUCGAAAAGUGGUGAAGUUUCGCACCCAUUUGGCGACCCAUCCUAAUCAAAAUGUGCAACUGGGAGUGCUGCAAGUCCAGGUCGCCGAUUGCCAAGCGAAUGGCGGCCAGGAAGCUCCUGCAGAUGGAGGAGGAGGAGCGCCGGAAGCCCAAGCUGGUCAUCCCGACGCCACAGAGCCUCUUCUACCCCUUCGAGGAUGUGGAGGCCAUGGCCAAGUACAUCGUGAACGUCAGCCACAUCAGGCCAAAGUACGGACUAAUCUGCGGCAGCUUCCUGAGCGAUAUGAUCAGCUUGGUGGAGCAGCCUGUGGUCAUUCCCUACGAGGACAUACCCAACUUCCCAGACGGCAUAGAGCCGGACUGCAGCUUCGUCUUGGGCUCGGUCAUGGGCGCGCCCAUAAUAGCUCUGGUCCACAGUUUCCACUCCUGCGACGGCUACAACCUGGCCACCUGUGCGCUGCCCGUCCGCGUGAUGCAGCUGUGCGGUGUAAGGACCAUCAUGCUGACCUCGGAGGCAGCGGCCGUGGAUCAUGGAUUCGCCCUGGGCGACAUAAUGCUGGUCCAGGACCACAUUAAUGUGGUGGGCAUGAUGCACCAGACGCCGCUGGAGGGUCCCAGUGAUCCCCGCUUUGGCAACCGCCGAUUCUCGAUGGUGAACGCUUAUGACAAGGACCUGCUGGAUAGGGCACUCGAGAUUGGCAAGCGGAUGGGCAUCCAGAAGUUCCUGCACAGCGGCGUCUUAGCCUGCCUGGGAGGUCCCAUCCUCGGCACUGUGGCCGAGGAGCGAAUGCUGCGGACGAUGGAGGUCAGUGCCGUGGGCAUGUCCCUGGUGCCCGAGGUUAUAGCCGCCCACCACGGCGGCCUGAAGGUGCUCGCCUUUGUGGUAAUCAGCAGGGUGGCCAGCGACAAGCAGAGCGAGGAGGGCGACAAGGACAAGCAGAAGGACACUGACAGGGACUCCAAGCAGGAAAAGCGGGAGCAGGAUUCCCAGGAUCUGGUCCCCCUCCCUAGACUGCAGGCCUGCUCCGAUCUGAUCGGCCGACUUAUGUACUGCAUGCACCUCGAGAUCUGACGAUCGAAAAUAGACUUCUCGAAUCCCCACCCGACUUCUUCUAUUCGGAUUCCUAUU